UACAAUCUAUAAAAAGAUGGCAAAAAAAUAUUCCUCUAAUAAAUUUGUUUCAAAGCAAUUUCUCUAUUCCUCCAAAAAAUAAAAAAUUCAUUUUUUUUUAUUUUUUGGAAAUAAUGGGUUCUCUAAGGGAUUUGGAGAAUAAUGGAGAAUUUAGGGUGGAAGAAUUAGAGAAUAAAAAUGAUGAAGAAAUUAUCAUCAAGAACAAGAAGAAUACACAAAGUUUUAGGAUUUUAAGGGAAUUGUUGGUUAAUCUUCAACAAGUUAUAUUAGGAACAAAGCUUUGCUUGCUUUUACCAGCUAUCCCUUUGGCAAUUCUAGCUCAAUACUAUCAAUUUGCAAGACCCUGGAUUUUUGCUUUUAGUUUGCUUGGACUAGCACCUCUUGCUGAACGUGUUAGCUUCUUGACCGAACAAAUUGCUCACUUCACUGGUCCAACAGUUGGGGGUCUACUUAAUGCAACAUGUGGAAAUGCAACAGAGAUGAUAAUAGGAUUAUUUGCACUUUAUCAAAGGAAAAUACAUGUUCUAAAGUAUUCUCUUUUGGGAUCCAUUCUUUCCAACUUACUUCUUGUUCUUGGAAGCUCUCUUUUUUGUGGUGGACUUGCCAACAUUAAAAAGGAACAAAGAUUUGACAGGAAACAAGCUGAUGUAAACUCACUACUCCUACUACUGGGAUUGCUUUGCCAUAUGUUGCCACUGAUGUAUAGAUUGGCUUUGGGGCCAUCAAUUAACACUAACAAUAAUGUAACAACUUCAAUAUUGGGAUUAUCUAGAGUUAGUAGCAUUUGUAUGCUUAUAGCAUAUGGUGGCUAUCUCUUCUUUCAACUGAGGACACACAGACAAUUGUUUGAAGCCCCUGAUGAGGAGGAUGAUGAAGAAGAUAAAGUUUCAGAAGAUGCAGAGGCAGUGAUUGGAUUUUGGAGUUCAUUUGCGUGGUUGAUUGGCAUGACUGUAACUAUUGCUCUAUUAUCCGAGUACGUUGUCGGUACAAUUGAGGCUGCAUCAGAUUCUUGGGGAAUUUCUGUGAGUUUUAUUAGCUUAAUAUUGUUGCCAAUUGUGGGAAAUGCAGCAGAACAUGCUGGAUCCAUCAUCUUUGCUUUAAAGAACAAGUUGGAUAUAUCUCUAGGUGUUGCAUUAGGCUCAGCUUCUCAGAUUUCUAUGUUUGUGGUACCUUUAUGUGUGAUUGUGGGUUGGAUAAUUGGUGUGGAUAUGGAUUUGGAUUUUAGCCUACUUGAAACUGGCUCUGUUGCUUUCUCAAUCAUCCUCGUUGCCUUCACUUUGCAGGAUGGAACCUCACAUUACAUGAAGGGAGUGAUUCUUUGUCUUGCCUAUUGUGCCAUUGCUGCUUGUUUCUUUUUCCAUAAGAUUCCCAUUAAUAUUGACAAUAAUCCAUCAGGGAGCUUGACCGCUUAACCAAGUUCAUUCAGCAACACGAUGAUCCAUCAGAAAGAAAUCGAUAUGUAUCUGAUGGGGUCUACUUGAACAACGUCAUCAACCGGAUGUAGUACUUCAUUGCAUCAAUGUGCAUUUGUUCAUCCAAAUUGGAGCACCUUGUCUUACCCUUUUGUGGAGAUUGUUCCAUUUCAUGUUUGUUGAUUGUAGGCCUUGAUGAACAUGAAAUGUGAAAAUAAUAGAGGUUAUCAACAUUACGUAAGUUGUAUGUGAAUAUGUUCUUGUGGUGGUUUUUGAGAAUAAGAAACUCACUUCUUAUCAGUUCUGUAUUUCGGUUGAGUAUUUUGAUGGCCAAUUAAUAAAAUUUUCUCAGUUUCUGUA